AUGGCCGAGCUUGUUCUUUCAAUCGCCGGCCUGGCGGGAACUGUCGACGUGUGUAUAAAAUGGGGACAUGCAUUUGUCCGGGCGUGCAAUGACUACCGCAAUGCCAACGAUAAGCUGGAGGAGCUGUUCGUCCGGGUUCAGGCGUGCUGGUGGCGGAUCGCCAACCAACUGGAAGUGACCAAGACGCUGGAGAGUACCAUGGCCGAUGACUACAAAGAUCUCCAGCAGCGGAUGCUUUUCGUCCUCAGCACCAAGUUGGAGAAUGCCAUCCAGAAACUCUCCGAGUGCGACAAGCAUCCGAUAUUCAACAUGUCAAAGAGGCUGAAAUUCGUGCGUCUAAGGGAUGCCCUCGAGGAAUCCAUUACAGAGUUGGAGUCGUGGCAGCGGCGUUCUGAGCCCUCGUGGUUCUCGUUGAUCAAAUACGCCCCUACCCAAUUCGGCACCUUGGUUGACGUAGUCGGCACAACCAUUGAGUCCAGUCCUGUUGCCAGAAAGUUUCGUCGAGCAUUCGUUGAUCCGGCCAGGAACCCUCAGAGCAGCUUCAUAAGUAAGAGCGAGUUCCGGCGUUGCGGCGAAAACCCCGUCUCGCACAGUAUGGCCUGCAUAGCCACACGUCCGGGUGGCCGCAAAGCGUACAUUGUUGACACAGCCACCGAAGGAGCAGUUGCGGAAGACGACGCCCGGGCGUUUGCUUGGCGCCUUCGAGAUUCGGAUCCAUUUACCUUUGGGAUCCUCAAGUGCAAAGGAGCAGUGAAUCUGUCUACGCGUACCCGCUCGGCUUUCCGCUUCGUCUUCUACAUCCCCGAGGGUUACACCAACAUCCGCAGCGUUCGGCAACUGCUCCUAUCAGGUCAAUCCCAUGGGUCCCUCUCUGACCGACUCGAAAUGGCGAAACGACUUGCCAAAGCUGUGUAUUACGUUCACUUAGCGGAUGAGGUCAAACUCCCUAGCAUAGCGUGUCUGGUUGGGUUUCAGUUGAUCCGGCAAGAGGACGGGAAGACAUACUCGGUAGCGGACUGCAGAUGGGAAACUAACGUGUACCGGCAUCCACGACGACAAGGAAGCAGCGUCGACUACUACGUUAUGCAGCACGACAUCUACAGCCUUGGGGUGUGCCUUUUGGAGAUUGGACUGUGGGAGUCGCUCGUUGUAUACCAAGCUGACGGCAUUGCGCAGCCCUCGGCAGCCCUCGGACUUGACUCAGACAGGUCACAGCUACAAAAUCCCGACGCGUUGAAGGAUCAUUUGACUAGGCUUAGCCGCAGCACCGCCCUGAGAGCAAAGAUGGGCACAUAUUACAGCGAGGUCGUGGAGACGUGCCUGACGUGUCUGGACGAAGACAAUAUGGACUUUGGCGACGAGCGGGACUUCCAGGACGAGGACGGCGCGGCGGUUGGCGUGAGGUACAUGGAGAAGAUUUUGGGGAAACUGGAUAGGAUAUCUCUGUAG